UUAAUAUAUUUUAAACAAUUUCUUAUUGAACGUCUAUUUUCGGUUCGUCCUCCUGAUACCAAAAUAUUUCAAUCUUGGAGGGUUUUUGUUUUUCUGUAUGCAAAACGUUUUGCAUAAUUUAUGAAUUUUCAAAGUUGCUUUAACUAAAAGUACUGUAAAUAACAAACUUUCUGUUUUUAAAAUAGACAAAUUAGUCAUAUAGAAUUUUCCGUAUAGUGAAAGUGACUGAUCUCCGACUAUAAAUAGUGGAGUAGCUAGUGGUCAUCUCCUAACAUAUAAACUAAAAUUGUAUUUAUUUUUAAGUAUCUUGCUCUAAAUCCUUUGAUUUCCAAAGAAACUCUCGAGAACGAAAAGAAAUGUCGACGGAGUCAUAUGAAGAUGCCCUUGAAAGACUAGGAGAGCUUCUCAGUAACAAAUCGGAUCUCGGGAACAAGGUGGCCGCAAAGAUCAAGAAGUUAUUUGGUGAGCUAGAAGAAUUUGAAUCCAAGAAGUCAUCAGAUGCCGUAAAACAAAUCAAAUCCGGAUUUAUCCACUUCAAGAAUCAUAAAUAUUUGAAGAACCCUUCCUUGUUCAAAGCACUUGCCAAGAGCCAGAACCCCAAGUUUCUGGUGUUUGCUUGUUCAGAUUCCCGAGUUAGCCCUUCUCACAUCUUGAACUUCCAACCUGGAGAAGCCUUCAUCGUUAGAAACAUUGCAAAUAUGGUUCCACUUUAUGACAAGACACAACACUCUGGUACUGGUGCGGCUAUGGAAUACCCAAUUACAAAACUCAACGUGGAGACCAUUCUGGUGAUUGGUCACAGCCGUUGUGGUGGAAUAAAGGGUCUCAUGUCCAUUGAAGAUGAUUCAGCUCCAAGUAGGAGCGUCUUCAUAGAAGACUGGGUCAAGAUUGGUACACCGGCGAAGAACAUGAUCAAGCAGGAGUAUGGAGACCUGAGCUUCGAAGAACAGUGCACAUACUGUGAGAAGGAAGCGGUAAAUGUGACGCUGGGGAAUCUGCUGUCUUACCCAUUUGUGAGAGAAAGAGUGAUGAAGGGAAAGCUCACCAUAAGAGGAGCCCACUACGAUUUCGUGAAUGGAACGUUUGAACUCUGGGAACUCGAUGUCAAGACCACCCCUGCCUGUUUCUUUUCUUAAGAUAUUCCUUCUUACCUUUUCUCUAUGUUGCUUUUUUUUCUCUGAACAACUCUAUGUUGCUUCUAAGUCUUAUUAUCAUGUACUUGCUUCUGUUUCUUAUUUCUGUGUUCUUGUUUAUGUUUCCAUUGGAAGAGAAACGAAUAAGCUAAGUUUCAAAAAAAAGAAAAGAAUAAGCUAGAAGAGUAUUCUUUUUA